AUGAAGCUGGCCGUGCUGCCCUGGAUUUUGAUGCUGCUCUCGUCAAUCCCAGGCCCCGGGCUUACAGCAGGUACCCCGGGAAGCUGCUCCCUGCGCUGUGGGGUACAGGAUGAAAUCUGUUCCUGUCAUCCGACCUGCUCGGGCCUUGGCACCUGUUGUAAAGACUUUCUGAACUACUGUCUAGAGAUUUCACCCUCCUCGGGCUCCAUGAUGGGCGGUAAAGACUUCGUGGUGCAACAUUUAAAGUGGACUGAUUCUAUUACCAGUGUCAUUUGCAGGUUUAAGGAGAGUAUCCAGACCCUUGGCUAUGUGGACGACUUGAAGCAAGUGCACUGUAUAUCACCCUUGCUCUACGAAAGCGGCCAUAUUCCCUUCACCAUCUCAAUGGACAAUGGCCUCUCCUUUCCCCACGCAGGCACUUGGCUAGCUGCUCAUCCCUACAAAGUCUCUGAGUCUGAGAAGAGCCAGCUCGUGAACGAGACCCAUUGGCAAUACUAUGGUACUUCAGACACCGGGGGAAACCUCAGCCUCACCUGGAAUACCUCAGCGCUGCCCACGCAGACCGUCACCAUUGAGCUGUGGGGCUAUGAGGAGACAGGGACGCCCUACACUGGGAACUGGACUGCAAAGUGGUCCUAUCUGUACCCUUUGGCUACAAAUGUCCCCAAUACUGGCUUCUUUACUUUCGCCCCCAAACCUGCACCACCUCAGUACCAGAGGUGGAGAGUGGGUGCUCUGAGGAUUAUUGGCAGCAAGAACUACGCAGGAGAACAGGAUGUGCUGGCCCUCUGGACCAAUGAUCAUGCCCUGGCUUGGCACCUGGGUGAUGACUUCCGGGCAGACUCUGUAGCCUGGGCCCGUGAACAAUGCCUGACCUGGGAGGCGUUAGAAGACCAACUACCCAACUUCCUGACAGAACUGCCAGACUGCCCGUGCACACUGGCUCAGGCCAGGGCUGACUCUGGCCGCUUCUUCACUGACUAUGGUUGUGACAUUGAACAUGGCAGCGUGUGCACCUACCACCCAGGGGCUGUGCAUUGUGUGCGUUCCGUGCAAGCGAGCCCCAUGUACGGCUCAGGACAGCAAUGCUGCUACACAGCUUCAGGGACGCAGCUCCUGACCUCAGACUCCACCAGUGGCAGUACCCCUGACCGCGGCCAUGACUGGGGCGCGCCCCCAUACCGCUCUCCUCCCCGUGUGCCCGGCAUGUCUCACUGGCUCUAUGACGUCAUCAGUUUCUAUUACUGCUGCCUUUGGGCUCCCGAGUGUCCCCGGUACAUGAAGCGGCGGCCCUCCAGUGACUGCCGCAGCUACAGACCCCCACGCCUGGCCUCUGCCUUCGGGGACCCCCAUUUUGUCACCUUCGAUGGCGCCAGCUUCUCGUUCAGCGGGAACGGCGAGUAUGUGUUGUUGGAGACAUUGGAGACGACCGCCGCCGUGAAAGAUCUGAGAGUGCAGGGACGGGCCCAGCCUGGGAGAAUGCCCAAUGGCACCCAGGCCCGUGGCACAGGGCUGACCGCAGUGGCUGUCCAAGAAGAUAAGUCCGAUGUGAUAGAGGUGCGGGUAGCUGACGGCUCCCAGGUCUUGGAAGUAUUGCUGAAUCAAAAACUCCUCAGUUUCACUGAACAAAAUUGGAUGGACCUGAAGGGCAUGUUCCUGUCAGUGGCCUCUCAGGAUAAGGUAUCAAUCAUGUUGUCAUCGGGGGCUGGCCUCGAGGUUGGCGUACAAGGUCCUUUCCUGAGUGUGAGCAUCCUGCUUCCUGAGAAAUUUCUGACCCAUACCCGCGGUCUCCUGGGGACACUCAACGAUAACCCUGAGGAUGACUUCACCCUGCGCAAUGGGCAUGUCCUGCCCCCGAAUGCCACUGCUCAGCAGUUGUUCCAGUUUGGAGCCAGCUGGGCUGUUUCCAACGCCUCUUCCCUGUUUACCUAUGACUCUCGGCCUCUGGUCAACCAGUUCCUGAACGGACCCAAGCAUGACCCCAACUUCAAACCACUCUUCCCCGAUGAGACCACACUCAGUCCCAGCCAGGCAGAAGACUUGGCCAGACUCUGUGAGAGCGACCACUUCUGCGUUCUUGACGUGAUAAGCACAGGGGACCCAAGUGUGGGCAAUGCCACCCGGAUUGCCCACCAGCUGCACCAGAAUCGCCUGAAGAGCCUGCAGCCAGUGGUAUCCUGUGGCUGGCUACCCCCGCCUGUGAAUGGGCACAAGGAAGGCUUGAAGUACCUGGAAGGAUCCACCGUCCGAUUCGGCUGCAACAGUGGCUACAGCUUGGCAGGGCCAGAGAGUAGCACCUGCCGCGCUGAUGGCACAUGGUCUUCGCCUACCCCGGAGUGUCAGCCAGGGCGGAACUACACCGUACUGCUGAGUAUCAUCUUCGGAGGCCUGGCCAUAGUGGCGCUGAUCUCCAUCGUCUUUAUGUUGCUGCAUCGUCGCAGGAAAAGCAACAUGAACUUGUGGAGCUCGCAGCCCUGACACCACAGCACCCUUGACCGACAGCAUCGGGCUACGUCGCUCGCCAAGACCCAGCCUCCCGGGAGAAGCGCAAAGUACCCUAGUCCUAUGAAUGCCACAUCUAAUAUCUGUGCCUUUAACACUACGGACCCAAUACCUGUGCCUAACCUGUCCUCCUGACUGAGACUCGAUACCGUAUAGUCUUAACUCCUGAACCCCGCCCCCAACACUCCUCUCUCAGUAAGCUGCACUUUAUUCGUCUAGUGGUGAUGGCUCUAAUUCCUCUGACUUGAGGGAUGGCCUCCUUGUCCCGUCCUAGAACUGGAGUACCUAUGUCCCAAGCCCAGAAGAAAGAAGUUCCUGCGUUGGAAGCUCACAUUUCAGUCGCUCACUCUCCAGAGCCAGAUAAAUGGAAACCUGGUGCCUGUCCUCCUGUCGGGGGUCCCCAGAGCUAAGCUGCCUUGAUUCCGGUCCCAUGGCCCAACUUGAGAGCUCCGGUUGGCCCAGUCGCACAGCGGAGAAGUGGCCUUAGGGCCUGAGCAGGGAGAAAGAGAACUGUGCAGCAGAGAAGAGACAUCCGUUGUAGACCAGGCUUCUACUCUUACCUCUUCUCUAGUGUACUCAGGAACACCCUUCCAUGCCUGUACCAGGAAACAAGCUCGUGUUACACCUUU